CUGUCGUUCGAAAAAAAAAAAAAAAACUGUCUAACGAACUUAGCCGAUGCUAUUCAAACCUUCAAACUUUGGCCCAAAUCCUUCAACCAUCGUUUCCAUAUUAAAAUCAUGCAAGCAAAUUACUGAAAUCUCUCAAAUUCAUGGCUGUAUCAUUAAAACUGGACUUGAUAAUGACCCUUUCAUAAUAAGCAAGCUUCUUCUUUCUUCUUCACUGCAAGAUUUAAAAUAUGCAGCCUCCGUCUUCAAGCAAAUUGACAACCCAAAUCUCUUCAUGUACAAUUGCAUCCUUAGAGGCUUUUCCAUUAGCAAUAACCCAAAACAAGCUUUUAGUGUUUUCAAUAACUUGAGGGCUAAAGAUGGGAUUUUUCUGGACCAGUUCUCUUUCAUUACUACGCUUAAAGCAUGUGGCCGUGAGUUGGCAAUUUUUAACGGUCAAAUGAUUCAUGGGUUGGCUUUGAGAUCUGGGCAUUUGUUUUUCAUCAAUGUUAAGAAUACCCUUUUGCAUGUUUACAGUGUUUGUGGAAGAAUGUUUGAUGCUCAUAACUUGUUCGAUGAAAGUCCUGAAAGGAACGAUGUCGUUUCGUGGAACACUUUGAUGGGUGGGUAUCUUGAUGUUUCUAAACCUGAUACUGUCAUAGGUUUGUUCAGACAAAUGCGUUGGAAUUGUUUGACAAUGAGUGUCACUACGUUUUUGACUGUUCUAUUGACUACGGGUGAAGUACGGGAUUCACUUGGGGGAGAGUCAAUUCACGGGCAUUGUUUGAAACUUGGGUUUUGUUUUGACUCAAAUCUGGUAUCUGCUUUAAUCGAUAUGUAUGCGAAAACUGGGAAUGUUUAUUUAGGGCGUAGGGCUUUCGAUGAUGUUGUAGCAAAGGAUGUUGUACUCUGGAAUUGUAUGAUCAGCAAGUAUGCUGAAAAUGGCCUGCUUGAAGAGUCUUUAGCUUUACUACGUCUCAUGAAAGUUAUGCAAGUAAAGCCUAAUUCGACUACAUUGGUAUCUUUGCUUUCAGCUUGUGCUGCCUCCGGAGCUAUAAAUAUAGGACUCUGCAUAGGUAAUUAUGUGGAAGAGGAAGGAAUGCCACUGGAUGCGGUUAUCGGGACGGCUCUCAUCGAUAUGUAUGCAAAAUGCGGUGUUUUAAACAAGGCCGUUGAUGUGUUUCAUAGGAUGGAGAGCAAAGAUGUAAAAUCUUGGACUGCGAUGAUUUCAGGUUACGGAGUGCAUGGUUUUGCCCAAGAUGCCAUUAGGUUAUUUUAUCAAAUGGAGGAAGAAGGCUUUAGACCUAAUGAAGUCACCUUCUUAACAGUUUUGAGUGCCUGCAGUCAUGGAGGGCUAAUCACAGAGGGGACCAGUUGCUUUGAGAAGAUGAUACAAUAUGGUAUCUUGCCGAAAGUCGAACACUAUGGAUGUAUCAUUGAUCUUUUUGGCCGUGCUGGAUUGCUAGAAGAAGCACAUGAUUUAAUCAAAAGCUUGCCCAUUAAAGGCGAUGCUACUGCAUGGCGUGCACUGCUUUCAGCUUGCCGAGUAUACGGGAACGUUGAGUUGGGGGAAUGUGUGAAGGGUGUAUUGGUGGGAUCUUAUAAUCAACAUCCAACGGAUUCAAUCCUUCUUUCUAGUACAUAUGCUAUUGCUGGAAGGUUGCAGGAUCAAACCAGGAUGCAGGCAAUGGAAAAAGAAAUGCUCAAAAGGGCUGGGAUUAGGUCAGUUGGAAAGGAGGAUAAGAUGCUUAAGGAAGCUGGAUAUAGCAUAAUUGAAAUGGACAAUGAAGGGUUUGAUCUUAAUUCCUAACAAACUUCACACAAUCAACCUGCAGAUUACUCAGUAUGUCUAACAAGAUCAGUUUUUUCU